AUGUACAACUAUAUUUUCACAGUUGUUGAUGCUUUCACCAAAUUUGUUUGGAUAUACCCAGUUAAAACAACAUCAAGUAAGGAAACUGUAGAGAAGCUAAAACUGCACCAAAAGGACUAUGGAAACCCUUGUCGGAUAGUGACCGAUAGAGGUACUGCCUUUACCGGAAAGGAGUUCACUGAAUACUGUGAAGAAGAGGGAAUCGAGCAUGUCAAAGUGACAACAGGAGUACCUAGGGGAAACGGACAGGUAGAACGGAUUCAACGGGUCAUCAUAUCGGUUUUGGCAAAAAUGUGCAUUGAAGAGCCCGGUCCCUGGUACAAAUAUGUUAGUAAGGUACAGCGGGCAAUCAAUAGUACACAUCAGAGAUCCAUUAACACAUCACCUUUUAAGUUGCUGACUGGCACAACAUUAAAACUCAAAGAAGAGCUUAAAUUGGUGGAACUAUUGGAAGAAGAAAGUAGAGAAGAGUUCAUUGAAAAUAGGGAUGAGCUGAGACAGCAAGCUAAGGCACAGCUAUUAAAAAUUCAGGAAGAGAACCGUAAGACCUACAAUAAAAAUAGAAUAGCAGGGCAACCCUACAAAGCGGGUGACCUGGUAGCCAUUCAACGAACACAAUUUGGUAAUGCUUUAAAGUUGAAACAAAAGUUCUUUGGCCCAUACCGAAUUAUAAAAGAAUUGGGAAGAGAUCGGUAUGAGGUGAUAAAAGUGGAUAACAGCUCAGAGGGACCAAAGAAGACUACAACCGCUGUGGAUCACAUGAAACGGUGGGCUUAGCGCAGCAGUACCAGUAAAUAUGGGUGUUGGUGGUAAAGGGUGUGACUGAAAUAACGGUACAGAGUUAUAGUUCUGUUUUGUUAUCAUAAGGUGAUCAAGUACCAUUGCAUGCAUCUUUAUUGGAGUUUAAUCAUAAUAUAGGAAGUAGGUGAAAAAAAAAAGUUGUAGAAAUAAAAUGUAAAA